GGCUCCGGACCCUGGAUCGAAUCAGCGGGGCCCCAGACCUGCGAAGCUCUUCACGCGGGCCCGUGGGUCCCGCCCAGGCUUCUGUCUGGGCAAGGGCCUCUGGGGGAACACGUUAGUGCUGUUUGGUGGUUGGUGGUGAUUUGAGAUUUUGAGGGGAGCAAGUUGAUGGAUUCGCCUUGUUUGUUUUAUUGCUGUUUUUGCCGUUCUUGUUGACAAGAUCAACGCCCUUCCCUUGCAGUGGCAACCACGGCCUGUUUUCCCUUUGUAACCAGAAGACCCCAACCCUUAGAUUUGGGAUAAAGGUGCGAUUUCGUUACGCAAAGCGUACAAGGGAGUAAGGAGGGUGAACCAAAAAGGAGAGAAGAGGCCACAGUAGACACAGAAGAAUGUCAGGCAACCAAGAAAGAAAGAGGCAAGAAGAGCCUGCAGAAGCUGUGGAUCAGCAAGACACAACUUCAUUGACUGAUGUUGUCGAGCAAGUUACAAGGCAGCAACAAUCUCAAGCAUCAGAAAUAGGAAAAAGCAAAAAAUGUCUGUCCCAUUUGCAGAAUGAACUUCAUGAGCUUGAAAAACAGAUAGCAUCUGUCUCCAGAGAAACAAAAGAAACAGAAAGGCAAAUUUAUCAGCAAGCUGCUGCAAUAGAGAAUGCCAGCCUUCAGUGUAGAAACCUGGAAACCCAAAUCAAGUCUUCCUAUAUAGAAAGUGUAAAGCUUAGAUUUGAUACAGAAGCAGCUCAAGAAGAUUUUGAGUUACAAAUGACAAGAUAUAAGGCAUACUAUGCAAAAAUGAAAGCACAUGAAGAUAGUUUGGGAGAGAUCGAAAGCAAAUGGACAUUCAUGACUGAACUCCACGAAAAACGAGUUUUUGUUAAAGAACUAGUGACAAUGAAAGAGAAGCUUAUGCAAGAUCUCCAGAAUUUAGAAGGAAACCAGAUACUGGAAGUACAGGUACAGCAUAAGAGAUACGAUGCAAUUCUGAAGCGUUUACACUGUCAGGUCAACAAGCUUCAGUCAAAUAGAAGGCAAUGGCAGUGGAGCAUCCAACAGCUGGAAAACACUGCAGCCGAACUAAGAAAGCGCAUUGGAAUGCAAGAAUAACAGUUCCAUGGGCAGUGUGGCACACAGAUCGCACUGCACCAAGUAUGGGGCAGAGGGGUUGAGAAAAUCUUUUAGAUUCUUAACCACCAGUAUCCACCAUCAGAGGUCUGUCUUAAUGACAAAUACAUUUUCUCUCUUUUUUUGAACCAUCCAGCCAUUUAUUACAGUGCAUUCCAAACCCGCAAUUGAUAGUAGCAUAUAAAUCACAGGAAGGUUUACCGGAAAAUAGUAGAAGGCUCUAUGAAUGUUCUCCGUGUCUAAGAUAUAUCAUACUUAGAAUGCCUAUUUAUUACCAGGGUGCCUUCACCACCAUACUAAGUAAAAAUGUGUGGAGAAAAGAGAAACUUGGAUUUCCAUUGAUUAAAAUUGUGAAGAUAUAAAAAAAAUGGCUGUCUAUUUCAAACAUUUUAUGAGAUCUUGUUCUUUUACAACCAUCUUCACAGCAGCCCAUAAAUAUUGACAUUUAUAAUAAUGUUGUUAUAUGGUCAAUGCUUCAGAUAUAUUACUCAGCUUUCUUUUUCACCCAGAAGGUAAUCAUUUUUUCUUUGUUAUUAGAUAAUAUAUUUCUAGAGUUUUGCAGUACAUUAAUUUUUUGUUCUCAUUUUUGUCUGUAAAUUUAUUAUACCUACUUGUCACCAAAUUAAAUCAC